AUUUUUGUAUCCACUCUCUCUCUAUCUAGUACAGUCUUGGCGAUGUUUCCGACAAAGACGAGCCUUCACUCUACUUGCGGUAGUUACUACUGCGUCUCGCGAGGAUCUAGGCAUUUUCCAUUCUCUUUUCCGACAAUAGAAGCUCGCGCACGCAUUCGUCAUGGACCGGCGACGGACCGACAGCCCGGUCUACGCCCGGCAAUGGAGCAGUGAGUCCAGCACCACCGGCUCCAACCAGUCCUCCCCCUCGCGUGCAUCGCACGCGCGCUCCUCGUCCCUUACCGCAUUCUCCACAGUCAAGCGCACCCAGAACUUCGCUGCCAAAGCCGCGGCUCAGCGCCUCGCUCAGGUCAUGGCCUCCCAGACCACCGACGAUGACGACGAAGACGGCGAUGACCUAGAUUUCCGUUACAGUGCUCCCCCGCCUUUCUCUCUCUCAAGAACCGUUAACACUACUAGCACCACUACAAAAAAGCCCGAGGUCGUUCCGUCUCUCAGGAUCAAUAGAUCUCCUUCACCCGCGUCGGCUCGGGACUCGGUAGAGGAAACUCCAUCAGUUCGCUCGACUUCAACGGGAAGGCCGUCAAUGUCAACUCGUGCUGCGGUGCCAUUGGUACCACCGAAAGCACCAUUGAGGACUGCCGUUUCUCUGCCACCAGGAGAGCCUCCUGAAUUUAUACAAAUCAAUAAAAGAUUCUCAUCAGAUACGGGACAUUUUAAAUCAAAAGAUUCAGGAGAUCAGCGAGAGGCUUCUGCACUUCGUGAUGAACUUGAUAUGCUACAAGAAGAGAAUGAAAAUAUGCUUGAGAAGCUUAGACUUGAGGAAGAGAGAUGUCAGGAAGCAGAGGCUCGAGUGAAGGAGCUUGAGAAACAGGUUGCGGCUCUUGGAGAAGGUGUAUCUCUGGAAGCUAAACUCUUGAGCAGAAAGGAAGCUGCACUGCGUCAAAGAGAGGCUGCACUUAAAGAUGCAAAAAAAGCUAAUACUGGAGAAGAUAAGGAAAUUAUUUUCCUUCGAUCUGAAGUUGUGAAUGCAAAAGAUGAGGCUGCAGCUGCUGCGCAGCAGCUCCUUGGAGCUGAAUCUGAAGUAAAAUCUCUUCAAUCUAUGACACAAAGAAUGAUACUGACACAGAAAGAGAUGGAAGAAGUUGUUCUUAAGAGGUGUUGGCUUGCUCGUUACUGGGGUUUGGCUGCAAAAUAUGGUAUCUGUGCAGAUAUUGCAAUGUCAAAGUACGAACACUGGUCAUCCUUGGCACCUCUUCCAUUUGAGAUUGUCCUUUCUGCAGGACAAAAGGCCAAGGAGGAAGGUUGGGAAAAAGGUGAUGGUGAUCCUGAGAAGAGGAGCAAAGUUCAGGACUUCAAUGAUUUAACUGGAGAGGGAAAUAUCGAGAGUAUGCUUUCAGUUGAAAUGGGAUUGAAAGAGCUUGCUUCCUUGAAGGUCGAGGAGGCCAUUGUGAUCUCACUGGCCCAACAGCGUCGUCCAAAUUCUGCUCGACUAUCUAUUUCAGAUAUUAAAUCACCAAGUGAUCCGAAGUUUAUGGAGGCAUUUGAACUAAGCCCAGAAGAGUCAGAGGAUGUUCUAUUCAAGGAGGCAUGGCUUACAUAUUUUUGGAGGAGAGCCAAAACUCAUGGUAUAGAGGAGAACAUUGCAAAAGAACGCCUUCAGUUUUGGAUUAGUCGCAGUGGGCAUUCGCCAACUUCACACGAUGCCGUUGAUGUCGAGCAAGGGGUGAUGGAACUCAGGAAAUUGGGGAUCGAGCAUCGACUCUGGGAAGCAUCUCGGAAAGAAAUUGAACAAGAUUCUUCCACUUUGAUUGAACGGAAAGCUGCUGCAUAAUUGAAGAGUGUGCUUGAGAUGUCCGGGUCUUUUUUUUUUUUCCAUAUAUACAUGCAUGCAUGCAUGCAUACAAACAUAUAUAAAUAUAUUUAUGUUCAUUUUUGUUGGGUAUUCUAGUUUGUGAGCAUUUUUGUAUGACCUAUAUCUGAUGAGGGGAAUACUAACCGGAUCCCCCAAAUUUGUCUUUGCUGAUCGAAGGCAUUAAUUAUACACGUAUGGUUGCGUA